GCGAUCAUCAUCACACAAUCUUAGUUCCGCUUGUCAUUCGUUCCACGGCUCGAGUUCCCGAAGCGAACCGGGUCAUGAGUGCCGAUAAUUCCCGAUCCGAUGUUCUUCUGCCGUUGCGGAACCUCAGUAACUCGGUGAGAUGCAGCAGAGAUCGAGUGAGAGAUGGAGAGUCGAAUGAAUCCAGCGGGACGUUCAGUUUGUCAAACUUCUGGGAGAUUCUGAAUGAUGCUGUAAAAGUAACGUCUCAAGAAGCAACAAAACUCAGUUUAAUCUUCUCGAAGCCGCCGUCAGAGGAGGACUGUGCCAAAAUAGCUGAAUGUGUCCAGAAGAGCGUGCUGACCUUGUCCACCGUUUACUUCUGGUUACCAAAGAGCCAGGGAGUGACGCUGAGGAAGGCGGUGCGAGACGCGACGGUGGAGGUGCUGGACGAACUCCUUCAGCUGAUGGAGGUCAUUCUCUCCUCUCCUGUGCACAGUCUCUCACAGGAGCAGCUGAUGUCGACUGGAGGAGUUUGGGCCGCGUGUGACAAGUUUAAUCAGCUGCCAAAAGAUAACCGCAGUGCCGUGUUGGCCGUCUUGACUUCAUAUGCUGGUUUGGUGAAAGAUGCGCUGGAAGAAAUGGAGCAGGCUCUGGCUGAGACUCAAGACCCGUUCGCUGACGUCUUACCUGAUGAUGAAGAUGAUGAUGAAGGAAUGGGAGGCCGGGGGAACCAGGACACGUACUGGUCCCCGUCGGACCGGCUGCUGGUGUGUCAGUGUCGGGGUUUGAUGAAGGCGUCCGGAGCGAGUCUGCGUAAACUCUCCUCUGCUGUCCGAAACACCGGCUCCACGGAGACUGAGGAGAACAUCACACAGUUGGACGACCUCGCAGACGCUGCUAAAGACAUCAGUCCUGGCAUUGAUGACCUCGCCCUCAGUCUCUACCCCCCCGUGGACCGCCCGGCUGUCAAUCAUAAUGUGUGUAAACUGGCAUGUGUGCUGAAGAAAGUGCUGGAGAUCACGAGGUCCAGUCAUGUCUGUGGCGAGGCCGAUGUGUGCUGGGUGCAGUUCCUGAGCGGAGCUGUCGAACACAACCUGGAGAAGCUCGAGUCGCUGCUGAACUGCGGGUCCUAGAGACUCACGGCCCCGGGCGGGUCCUAGCAGAGACUC